GCGUCGGCGCUUCUCACCUGCACAUUAAACACAACAUGGCACCUGCUGGCCGGGGUGUUGUUGUGGUUGCGCUGUCGCUGCUGUGCUUAUGCCGAGCCACAUUUUCAACGGAAUACUUUUCUACACUGACGUUUUUUAACAGUGACCUCCACAAGCAUGGCUGCAGCUCUCCGUCUGAAUGGGAAGAAUACGCAGCGGAUUGUGAAGCCUCCAUUCUCCAGUUGGAGGACCCUGAAUGUGAGGAAGGGGGCAACCCACCCUGCGAGUCAGUCUUCUCUCUCAACGCCGAGAAGAUCUUGAGCCAGGCGAAGGUGUUCAUCGAGCAGAAGCGGUUUCCUUUUCCGGUUGACAACCACAACACAAAUGAAGAGCUAGCAAUAGGAUACGUACUAAUUGGAAAUGCCCUAUACGAUGAAGCCAUCAAACACUUUUCAUUAUUGUUGCAGGGAGAUCCCGAGUUGGUCAGCGCUAUCUAUGGAAGAGGUAUAGCGUAUGGCAAGAAGAGCUUGCAGGACAUAAAGAACGCAGACCUUGCGCUUUAUGAGCUGAGCCGAGUGAUCGCCCUGGAGCCCAACCGUCCCGAGGUGUACGAGCAGCGGGCAGAGAUCCUCUCUCCUCUUGGGCGGAUCAGCGAGGCCCUGAGCGACCUGUCCAAAGCCAUUCAGCUGCAGCCCUCGGCCCGCCUCCACAGACACAGGGGAACGCUGCUCUUCAUCUCAGAGGACUAUGUAGCUGCUAUGGAAGACUUUCAGCAGUCCCUGGAGCUGAAGAAAAACCAGCCCAUCGCCAUGCUCUAUAAGGGCUUGACGUAUUUCCAUAGAGGAAUGCUCAAGGAAGCCAUCGAUACUUUCAAAGAAGCUCUGAAAUUAAAAUCAGACUUCAUAGAUGCAUACAAAAGUCUUGGACAGGCUUAUAGAGAGCUGGGGGACUUUGAGGCUGCCAUGGAGAGCUUCCAGAAGGCCCUGCUGCUGAACCAGAAUCACAUUCAGUCCCUACAGCUUAGGGGGAUGAUGCUGUAUCAUCACGGCAGUCUGCAGGAGGCCAUACGCAACUUCAAGAGGUGCCUGCAGUUGGAGCCGUACAACGAGGUGUGCCAGUACAUGAAAGGCCUCAGCCACGUGGCCAUGGGCCAGUUCUACGAAGGCAUCAAAGCACAGACUAAGGUCAUGCUGAACGACCCGCUGCUGGGCCAGAAAGCCAGCUCGGAAUAUCUCAAAGUCAAAUACCUCAGAGAAUACUCUCGUUACUUGCACUCGCAUCUCGACAUACCUGUGGCAGAGUACAACGUCGAUCAGGAUCUUCCAGGAAACUUCAAGAACCACUGGUCCAAAAACCUUCCUUUCCUCAUAGAGGACUAUGAAGAGCAGCCAGGCCUACAACCGCACAUAAAGGAUGUUCUACCUCAGAACUUUGAAAGCUAUAACACAGACAUUCAGAAGCUCAUAUGCACUGCUGAUCACCUUGGUGCCCUUAUGCAGUACAACACUUCAGGAUUUCUUCCCAAUCGCCGAAUACACAGAGCCAUGGGUCUGGCGACCGUAGAAGUCAUGCAGGCCAUGCAACGCACCUGGAGCAACUCAAAGGUUCGAGUCAACGGCAAGACCAGGCAGAUGCAGUGGAGGGACAUGUUCGACAUAGCAGUCAAAUGGAGGAGGAUUGCAGAUCCAGAUCAGCCGGUUCUCUGGCUGGAUCAGAUGCCUGCGAGGAGCCUCAGCAGAGGAUUCAACAACCACAUUAAUCUAAUCAGAGGACAGAUCAUCAACAUAAGAUAUUUGGCCUACUUCAGCAACAUAUUAGACUUCAUCAAAGACAGGAUACGAGGCUACCAUAGAGCAUAUAAUCCCAGAGGACUGUUGGAAGUGAGUCAAGCGCUGGAUAAUGUCAAUAAGGUGGAGGACCUUCUCCCCAUAAUGAAGCAGUUUAACAGUAAAACAAGGGAUGGCUUCACAGUCAACUCCAAGGUACCCAGUUUAAAAGACCUGAAGAAAGAACAUGACGGUUUCACCAUCACCAUCACAGGAGACAGGGUUGGGAACAUGCUGUUCUCCGUGGAAACGCAGACGACCGAGGAGAGAACCCAGCAGUACCAGUCAGAGAUCGAGUCCCUGUACAAGGAGCUCACUGCCAAGGGCAAGGCGCUCAUGUUGUCCACUGAGCUCGGGGAUGCAGAUGCAGUCUGCAAUUUAAUCCUGUCCCUGGUGUACUACUUCUGUAACCUAAUGCCACUGUCCAGGGGCUCCAGUGUUGUGGCAUACUCCGUUGUCAUGGGAGCUCUGAUGGCGAGUGGAAAGGAAGUAAUUGGUCGAAUUCCACCAGGAAAGCUGGUGGAUUUUGAAGCUAUGACAACGCCUAGCCCUGAAGACUUCAGUAAAACAGCCAAAAGCUGGAUGAAGUUAAAGAGCCUUCCAGUUUGGUACCAGAGUCUUCCAUCCGUAGCAGAAUCAUUUCCUACAACAAGAACAAUGAUUGAAGUCCUAAACACGGACUCUACGUCACAUUGUCCGAAGAAGUCCUAAGACCACUUCCCCUGAUGCGGACAAAGGCCUCUCUCUCUCUCUCUCUCCAUGUGCCUUCUCUGCUUAUAGUCUUACAAUACCCUUUUAUCCACUUCCCAAAAGCACAACACAUUUAAACAUGUUUAUUAUCAGUUUUAGGUUUAACCCUGUAAUCAUCUGCUGCUCUUGUGACUGUGAUUCAGUGUGGAAAGUAUUGUAGAACAAUUAAAGAUGGACACAGGGUGAGGCGUUCUUUCAAAUGCAACAUUUUAAGUUUCAACCGUUGAUUUUUAAAUUACAUUAAAGGUUCACAACAGCUUUUUAAAUUGGCUUCUAAAGAUUGAUCCGCAUGGUAGCGUUAACCAUGUUACAGAGCGUCUGACUCUUUGUGGACGUCCUUUUGAGUAACGCUUCUCUCCCAGAUAAUUGCUGGCCUGAAGUGAUAACUGGAAACAAGGUACAACGAUUACUUAUUACUUUUUCAUUUCUAUACUAAAGAAUCAAUAUCAAAAAUAUGUGAUGCACUGAAAAAUUUACAGUAACAUUCUGUCCUGAUUUUAAACUACACAAAGUAGGAAUUCUGUAUACUGUAUACUAUGAGCAGAGAGAGCAAUGGAAGAGCUUUAAUGGUGUAGCUUUUUAGAGCUGCCUAUUUCCUAAAGGAAUACUUGAAAAAUAUAAGUCAAGCAAUCUCAAUCUUUUUUCUUUUUUUCUGUUGUUGGAGAGUGACUGGGUCAUUGCCAUAUUGAUAUCUUGAUAAUGUGGUAAUUCAUGGUAAUUGUUUUACUGACUUGACCAAUGAGGAGUCUGGUGGGCGGGGUGAGUGUGCUUCUCAGAGGAAGUGCGCUCUGGAGUGCCAUGAAGUACAAUCAUUCCUGUGUUCUCACUCUUAGCACAACUCCCAUUCUUUUAUUUUCACGUUUUUAAUUAUUUGAUCUAUGCCACGCACAUUAAGAAAAAUAUUCAGUUCAGGGAUAAAUAGUGGGGGUUUGUGCAAUUUAACUGUGGCAGAAUGAUAGCCGCUGUCUUGAGGGAGGGCAUUAACCUGUGUAGAGCCCCUUUUUUCCCCCUCCUCCUUUUUCUCUAUCCCUUUAUCCAUCCAUCUAUCUGUCUACCUACCUAUAUGUCUGUGUGCAGGCUGUGGUACCAAGUCAUGUCGGUUUUAAUGACCACUGUUAUCAUUUGUGUAUUCCCCCACUUACCCUUUACUGUGAAUGAAAGAACAAAUUAUGCAUCAUUGGUUCCUUUUGCAUCAGUUAAUUUAGGAUCAAAUGGACAGCCAUCAGUAAUUUCUUUAAAAGAAUUGGAAGUAUAAUACUACUAUUUUUAUCAUUUCAGUUCUAAAAAUCUGCAUUAGUGAUGGCGCUGUAUGGCUGUUUUUUUUCCUCUUUCUUUUUUGCACUGGGUGAGUUCUGAUUAAAAGUGGGAAUUCAUUGGUUUCAUUGGUAAACGGAGAAGAUGAGGAUGUCUGUUGUUUUUCCAUAUGGUUUGUGAAACUUGGUUUAAAAACUUUUAUGGGAUUAGGAUGUUUUUGAAUGGCCAAUAAAAUGGUUGGACAAAA